AGUUUUUUCGAAUAUCUCGCCUUAGUUUCCUCGCGACUUUUUUCAAAAUGGCGGCGUACUGACCGUUGUUGUUGAAGUAGUAGACAAAAGCUACACAAAAGGCAUGCAACGAUAACCGAGAAAAUGCAUGAAGGACAAGAGGGUGAUACAUUCUCAGAUGAUUCCCUCGGUGAGUCGACUCGGUCUUUGCUAUCUCCAGUGUAUGGCAAUUCAGGUCGAUUUGAAGAACCGGAAUUGUCCGAGGGUUCCUUGAGCGAUGACGACAAAACAGACCACAAAAAGGACUACAGCUUUGAAUUUGGAGGAACAACCAGCACUCCUAAGAGCAAGACCAAGGUAUCAAGAAGCUACACCCCUCCAACUAGUUCAUCAUUUUCAGGACUAAAAAAAUCCGCCAGUAAAUCCUCAAGGUCGGCCUCGAGAUCAAACGCCAAAGUCAGUAAAACAAGUAGCUCAAAGACCGUCGAGAACAAAGGCGACUGUCUCUCUCCGUGGGAAACCUGGCUUAUUAAAAAGGCUGCAGAAGAUCGCGAAAAAACGAAGGCGAAAAGCCUUGAAAAGAAGAAGACUCACGAAGAAAAAGAGAAACAGGAGAGGGAAAGGGAAGAACUGCUGAGAGUUGCAAGUGAGAAAUAUGUCGAAUGGUUGGAAAUCAAAAAUAAGUCCAUUACAGAGGAGAGGAGAAUAAAACAUAGAGAGGAACGCCUUGAACAGGAGAAGAAAGAAAACAUGAACCGUAUUACUCAAGAAAAAGCAGCAAUCAAAUUCAACAACUGGCUUCAGGAGAAGAAGACAAAACAAUACGAAAAGAAAUUGAAGGAGGAAGAGGAUGCAAGAAUGAAAAAGGAUCAAGAAGUUACCAGGAAAAUGAACAAUGAAGAAGCUUAUAGUAAAUGGAUUGCAGCAGCUAAAGAAAAAGCCAAACCCGUGCAUAACAGCUUUGGUUACACAGGAGGAAUGUUAACGGGGUAUUAUGAAUGGGGUUCAUAUCCAGCACCUAGUUAUUGUAAUCCUAUUCCAUGGGUACCUCCUAAAAUAAAAAGAGACAGUAACAGACGGAAGGGCAAGGUGGAAAUGCUGCCUGCAUCCCCACCACUUCUCUUUAGAGACAUUGACAACAGACCAGCAAGGCAGAAGAAAAAAUAAUUUUGGCAAUUUUUGAUUUGUAUUUUAUAAGUUAACCUCACAUAUGGGUAGUUAUACCCUCAGCUAUUUCAAAAACACUUCAA